AUGAACUACUCUAAAGACAAAGGUAGUUGCUGCAAAGAAAUAUCACAAACCGAAGGCAGAACAGUGGAACCCUGGCCCAAGACUCAAAUGUGGCCUUGCAAUUAUCCUCCAGAGCCACAACCGCCAAAUUACGAUCCCUACAAAAUCCGGUCGCCAGAAGUCGUGGUGCCACCGCUUGCACCGAGUAACGCUAAGUGGACUGGACUCGUGUACACGACGUCUGAGGAACAAGGCGCGCAGCACGGCCACCACCACCGACCGAACCCGUAUGACGCGCAAAGCGGCGAGAAGCAACCGCAGGAGGAGUGCCCGAAAGAGGAGGAGGACUCCAGAGGGUUUUUUGGAACGCUGAAAAACAUCUUCGGAUGGGGGAAGAAGGGAGGAAGCGAAAGAGACGCGAUGAUUGACGGAGCCACUUACGGUGACGCGCUAAAUUCCGACAGCGCCGGCUCGGAGUACGAUCGAGGUUUCGACGCGCCGUCGAGUGCGAUUCAGAGUCUGUUCCACAAAUCUCAAAUAGUCCACCCGGACAACUGGAAGCCGAAGUCGCUGGAUCGAGCGCAGAAGUUUGACAGUGACCCGGGCCCGGAGAUUGCGCCGCGGCUGGGCUAUCACGGGCGGAACAAGUACAAGUACGCAUUCCACGAGCCCUGGAACCCGCUGGACAGGUUGACACUGCUGGCAAAAGCCGAAAAGGACGAAUCGCCGCAACCCUACACUCCCGUCUGCGCCGCCGAUAAGGGGUCGGCG